UCAGGCGCACGCGCACUUGAGCCAUGACAAUUGUUGAUAAUCAACUGGAGUUAUUUUUUUCCUUUAGAGUAAAAUAAUUUCAAGCCAGGCCCUUUCCCCCAGGGGGGCCCUUGGACCAUACCACAACGAACAUAAGAUACCGACUUGCAUGAAGGGCUAAUGGAAAAUCCAAGGGAUAUGAAACAGAUCCUGCUCGUCACACAAACUACAACAUUUACCUCGUUCAAAUCACUCGUAAUACUCUCUACGGCUGAGCACACUCCCCGCUCAGAGCGGAAGAGAAGAGAUUCGUUCGGGAUGUUUGACGGGUAUGACAGCUGCAGUGAAGACAGCAGUAGCAGCUCCAGCUCAGAGGACAGUGAGGAUGAAGUCCCCAGCAUCCCCGCCAGCCUGCCAAUCAUCAAAAACAACGGCCAGGUGUACACCUAUCCUGAUGGAAAAGCAGGAAUGGCAACCUGUGAGAUGUGUGGUAUGGUUGGUGUACGAGAUGCUUUCUACUCUAAAACAAAGAGAUUCUGCAGUGUAUCCUGCUCUAGAAGCUAUUCCUCCAAUUCUAAAAAGGCCAGUAUACUGGCAAGACUUCAGGGUAAACCACCUACGAAAAAGGCAAAAGUCUUACAGAAACAGCCAUUAAUGGCAAAGUUGGCAGCUUACGCACAGUAUCAAGCAAAUCAACAGAACCAAGCAAAAUCAAAAUCAGUGGUUCCUGUUGAAGGCUUUGACUGGGGCCAGUACAUUUGUAGCAAUAAUCUUGUUGGGGCACCAGUCAGUUGUUUCAAACAUGUGCCCAUGGGUAUGUGCUGGGGUGACAUAGCAGAGGGAGUGAGGGUGGAGGUCCUCAAUUCUGACACAAACCUCUCCACAAAAGUUUACUGGGUAGCAGGGAUUGUCAAACUGGCAGGUUUUAAAGCUCUUCUGCGCUAUGAGGGUUUUGAUAACGACUCAAGCAAAGACUUCUGGCGUAAUCUGUGUAUCCCAGAGGUCCACCCUGUUGGAUGGUGUGCUUCUAGUGGAAAGCCACUGGUGCCUCCGAAAUCCAUCCACCAUAAGUAUUCUAACUGGAAAGCGUUUCUUGUGAAACGACUCACUGGAGCCAAAACACUUCCACCAGAUUUCGCCACAAAGGUUCAGGAGAACAUGCAGUACCCGUUUAAGAAACUGAUGCGUGUGGAAGUUGUGGAUAAGACCCACCUGUGUCGAACUCGCGUGGCCCUGGUGGAACAGGUGAUUGGUGGACGUUUGCGCCUGGUGUAUGAGGAGAGCCAGGACGGCACCGAUGACUUCUGGUGUCACAUGUACAGCCCACUCAUCCACUCCAUUGGCUGGUCACGUAGCAUUGGACACCGUUUCAAAAGAUCUGAGGUGUCAAAGAAAAUGGAGGGCCAGAUGGAUGCUCCCUCACCGUUGUUUCUUAAGAUUAAGGAUGUGGAUCAGAGUGGGGAAUGGUUUAAAGAUGGAAUGAAGUUAGAGGCAAUAGACCCUCUAAAUCUCUCUGCUAUAUGUGUUGCUACUGUAAGAAAGGUGUUGGCAGACGGGUUCCUAAUGAUCGGGAUUGAUGGUUCUGAGGCUGCUGAUGGGUCAGACUGGUUCUGCUACCAUUCAACCUCUCCUUCCAUCUUCCCAGUCGGCUUCUGUGAAAUCAACAACAUUGAGCUCACACCCCCAAGAGGGUAUACCAAACUCCCUUUUAAAUGGUUUGACUACCUCAGAGAAAUGGGUUCAAUUGCAGCCCCUGUGAAGCUCUUUAACAAAGAAGUACCGAAUCACGGCUUCCGUGUAGGGAUGAAGCUGGAGGCAGUGGACCUGAUGGAGCCGCGUCUGGUGUGUGUCGCCACAGUGACCAGGAUCGUCCACAGACUCCUGCGCAUUCAUUUUGACGGCUGGGAGGAUGAGUACGAUCAGUGGGUGGACUGUGAGUCUCCAGAUCUCUACCCUGUAGGCUGGUGCCAACUGACUGGCUAUCAGCUGCAGCCGCCUGCCACGCAGACCACAAGAGAAGCACCGCCAAAUGUCUCGAAACAGAAAAAGAAGACUGCACAGUAUAAAGGACAAAAGAAAAAGAGGAAGAUUCCAGUUGGGAGGAGGCCGAUCGGUUUGGGUGGGCCUCUGAGGAGGAGGAGCUUCUCGGGUGAUGAAGAGCAGACUCCGCCCCAUUACCUGUCCCACUUCUCUGGGUCCGGGCGACCUCCCACCUCAGGUGUAGAGCAUGAUCGCUCUCUCAACUCAGAGGCCUCACUGCAGUUGAAAGAAGAGACUCCUGAGGUGGACGAGUUCACCUUCUCGCAGGGCAUCUCAGACCAGGAGAGCAACGGCUCAGGCAGUUACUACAUCAGACAGGAGCCCUGAGCAGCAUCAGCCAUCACAGAGCCUCACCUCACUGCCAACAGCACUGGAAAAAUCCCACUCGGAGCGAUGCACACGAGGCCUGGAAGAAGACACAGUGACUUCCCCUCACACCAGGUCUCUUUUUUUUUUUUUUUUUUUUUUCUUUUCAGGUUUGAAAAGCUUGAAGAAAGGACUUCUCAGUCAUUGAUCCGUGAGAGAAAGGUGUGUAUAAGAGGGGAUUUUUUUAAAAAUGGGGAUUCUGUUUUUUGUCCUGACUUUUCAUUGAAACAAUUUGCCCGAUGGACUUUUUCUCCUCAGUGUUCAUUGUACUUGAAGUUUUCUUCACUUUUAUUUCUGUCUUUAGUUCCCCUUUUGGUGAGAAGAAAAAAAAAAAAAGUUUUGGGGGGUAAGAUUUCAGUACCUUGUGUGUUUCUCGCUGUUUCAUUUGUUCUGGAUGGGUGUGCAUUUGGUAAGAGUAGUAAAAAUCUAUAUUGAGACAGUAUAUUCAUAUAUGUAUGACAUUCAUAUUAAACACACAUAUAUAAAUAUUUAAACGUAUAAAUAUAGUAGUGGAAUGAGGGAGGAUGGUAUUAAAAUCAAACCUUACUGGUAUGAAGAGUAGACUAAUGGAAAACACUCACAAUUUGCACUACAGGGAUAAAAAUAUAUGUUUUGGCCUGUAAAACGAUAGUAAAAACCUGCAGCUUUAUUGUAUUAUGUGAUUUAACAAACAUAAUUAUAGAAGUGGGAUGUGCUCAAGUCAAAGUGAAUAUUGUGAUAUGCAAAAAAAAAAAAAAAACUACAAAAAUAGUUAUUUGACGCCGAUGUUUAUGGUUUUAAUUUGUUCUAAAGAGCCAUUUUUAUACGGGCGGUCAGUAUUUUGUGAGCCGUCGAAUAAACCGUAAGCAAUCACUGCUACCUGAACACUACCUUCCUGUCAUCUUUGAUGUUGACGGCACAGCAGAGGAUUCUUCUGGUAGACUUUCUAGUAGUAUUGCGAGUCUCUGAACAAUACAGCGCCAGCUUGUUUGUUUACCAGCCUCUUUGUUCGUGCAUCAGCGAGGAAUCCCAUCACAUCCCAUGCAUUUUUCUUAACUUACAUCAUUCAUUCCAGAAGGAAACCAUUUUUACUACCUCUAAAAGAAGGUGAUUUUGAAAUACACAGGUUGAAGAUUCAAGUGGUUCCUUGGCCUCGCUAAGGUUGCAAUAGGUAGUUUUCAUGCUCCAUUUGAAAGGGUAUAUUCAUUAUAUUUUAUGCAAAUGGCAACUAUCCACACUUGGACACAUGGCUUAUUUCACUUUAAAAGUCUACACAUCAUUUAUAUUUGUAUCAUAGCAUGUUAUCGACAGAGUUCUUGAAAUGGAAAAGAAAGUUAUGCAAUAAUAAUGUCUGUUGUUUUAUGAUGUCUUACUCUGAAAACUCAAAUCACACAGCUCAUAAAUAUAUAGGCUAGAUACAUUCUAUAGACUUAAAACAAAAUAUUCUUACAAUAUAUUGCAAAACUGUGACAAUUUUCUAAGAGCUAGACUUGAGCUUUCCCUCUUAUAGAUCGUUCUGAGUGUAAAUAACCUUUAUAACAUCCUAUAGAUUCAAGCGAUAUAACAUUUGCAUAGUGGUUUAUCUUAGUAUAACUAUAAGCUCUAUUCAAUACCAGUAAGGUUGUUGGUGAACUCUCAGGAAACGUAUCUCAUCGACUUCUGCUUUAUUUGAAGGUUUGCGGCUAUUGCUUCUAAGAUCAUCCAAUUCUGCUUUGUUUCCAAUAUUUGAAGCUCCUGACAAAUGUGACCAUGUCGUUGUUUUCCUCUGGUUCAUCUUUGCUUGCAUUCAUCAAAUGCUGAGUACAUUUUGUAAAUGGUCACCCACAUGUUGUAGUUAGAUCCAUGUUAAAUUAUGGUUUGUUGUAUAAAGAUCCAAUGUAUUUUUUUUUCCUUUUUUUUUUUUUUUUUUCUCUCUCUCUCUCUUGUAAUUUCACUUUUUUCCUUCAUGGGGUUUUUAGCAGAUGUUUGUACUGAAUCAUUAUGAAUUGGUUUAUUUUUUUAGUCAUUUCUGGGUUUCUUCAGUAGCUGUUGUGUUGUAAACGUGUAGUUUUCUAAAUGUAAGGCACUGUUGUGUAUUUAAUUUGUAAACGUCAAACUGGGACUUCAUGGCUACAUUUUACAUCAGCAACCACAUCGAUAUUGUCAUGUUCAUACUUCUUCAAUGCUUAUUCUUCAUGCAAAUUUUGCAUUGUUUUCAAUGUCAUUGUUUUUCUUCAUAAACCCCAUCCAUAGCGUCAGGAUUUAGGUACACACUGGUUACAAUCAUGCUUGUCAGCUAAAUUUUUUUAUUUUUUUUUAAUUAUUAUAAUAACAAGACCAAAAUCUCAAUCAUUUGCAAUUAAAAUAUGACUGUUGAGGCAAAUUUAGCUGCUACCCUCAAAUGAAUUUAAGCCCUAACGCACAACUUCACCUUUAAGUACACACUCUCUCGUCAGCAGAAUUGAUGCCUUAUCCUCUGUUAUGUUUUUUCUCUACACAAGUAAAGCUAUUGAGUCAAACAUAGAGAAGCAGAAUACAAAAUAUAAAGAAAAAUAUGUUGUCCAGUAGAGUGAUUAUCAGUGCAUGCAGCAAUGUGAGAAUCUUAUGAGGGCCAGUGUUGUUCUGGUCUCGAUACUAACACGGGUUUUUGUGAUGUUCCCUCUGUCCUCAGUAAUCACAUCAUGGUGCUAUAUAUAUAUAUUUGAUAACUCAUUCAUUAGGUCUAUUAAAAGAAUUAAGUCUGUAAUUAUAAGUUGGAGAGCUGGUGAUUAUAACUUCAGAUCUGUAUUUUGGAUACAAGUAGCCGAAAUCAUUUAUAACAAUGAAAAAAAAAAAUAAAGAACUAACAUUGACCCUCAUAGUACAUAGAGGUGAGGGUGGUGGGUUUGUAACUUUUUUUGAUAGAGUCUGUAUCUGGUCUUUGCUUUAUUUCUGAUGACGAUAAUGAUGUGUGCUGUGAUAUGGGGUUUGAUAGCUUAUAUGUAUAUAGUUCAACUGUGGGGGAAGCUUUUGUUGGUUGAAUUUUGUUAAUUUGUUUACAAGCAUUUCAAACUGUUUCCGCAUGGCUGUGAAAAUGUAUCUGUUGAAAUUGAAAAAAAAAAAAAAGAAA